AUGCCUUGGGAUUCUGUUGAAGUGGGACUAGCAGGUGGUGAAGAAACAGUUAAUUUUGGACCAAGAAAUGAAACUGGCUCGUCGUUAUAUCAAGUUGAUACUUUGGCUAGCGUGUCAGCCAGAGGAGAGGUAAACAGUUCAGCAUAUGCACUGAAAAAUCUGUAAUUUACUAAUCUAGUAAAACUGAAAGCAACUUAGUUUGGGGUUCUUCUGCCCCAGGAAACAAGAAUGAAAAAGAAUUGAGCCAUCUUGUUGCAGUACGCUAGUUAUUAGCCAAUGACUUCAGUUAGGUGUCCCCAAUUAGCUAAUCUACAGCAAAAACAUUGGCACGUUAAUAAAGUUUUCAUUCAUUCAUUCAUUCAUCUAUGCAGUUUGUCUUUCAUUUCGUUACGCGCGAAAUUUUUUAAGAAUUUUAUGACUAGUAAUGAUUCCAAUUUGACAUGAAUAUCUUUCCUGAUUGUACGGCAAAAUCAGAUAAUAUUAGUUUUUCCAAAAGAAAGUUCAAAGAUCUUAUGUUAAGAUUUAUUUUCUGUUUAGUUAAAACAAUCUCCUUGAAAUGGCCUGUAGAUGGAAAUUAGUGGAAUGACCAGCGAUUUGGGUAUUUUAGGUACAUAUGUACCUAGCUAGGUUGUUUUCUUUCAGGUUUACGAUAAAUUCGUAUCACAAUACACAGCAAAUUAUGUCGCAUUUCUUGAAUUCAAGUUAUUUCGUAUCAACAACUUUGAAAUUCAUAUUUUUGGUAUGAACUUUUUUGCUACUUAUGGUAUUUUGGUACCUCAUGAGGAAAAAAAAUUUAAGACAGUGUCCCACCCCUCUCUCUCCGAUUCUCCCCCCUCCCUUCCUUGUUGGGGCUGAAUUUUGUGAUGAACAGGGCAAGACAAACACUUUUUGGGACUAAAACCACAACAAAAAAUUGAGGAAUACAUUUUCGUAACCUAAAUCACAUAUUGUGUUGAUGAAGAAGUUACUUUCAAACUCAGAAAAUAAUGAACACCUGAAAUACUUUAUGUCCAGGGAACUACAAAACCACAAACUAAUUUUCCCCUUUGCAAUUGACAUCAUUAUGCAAAUUCUCUAUAACAUUCUCAAAACAUUUUCCAAGGUGCUGACAAGAAGAAUUUGUUUAACAAUCAAGAGUCUCUUUAGUUGGUGAUCACUGCCUUUAUUCUCAUGACCUUAAAGUUUGAUUCAGAGGUGAUAUUGUAAGGAGAAACUGGAUGCUAGUCACUCUUACAGGACUAAUUGGUGUAUUUUCCUUGACACAAUCAUGUUCUAGAAAUACUUGUGCUGAUCAUGGUUUUCUGAGUUUCUGCAAAAAGGAUCCAAGUAGAAUAACUGUAAAGAGAAUUAUUUUAAUGGUAAUCAAUUGUUUAACAGAUACAGAGUUGUCCUCACAUCUGUGGUGCUUCCUGUCCUGAGGGAUUUUGUUUCGUUGCUUCAUCUCAAGUGAUUAUGUUUGAUGCAAGUUGCAAUGAUAUUCUUGCAACAUUCAAUUUUGGUAAGAAACUUUGUUCUUUUAAUACAUUGAUUUGAAUUGGAUUGGUUUGUUUAUUUCAGUUUAAUGCAUUGUUUGAUGAAUGUUUGGUUAGUACAGAAGAAUUUUUCAAACCCUUGCUGGGGUUUCAAUAACUACAGUAUUUCCAUAAGUGGCUGUCAAUAGUAUAACAGGUAGCUGUACCCAGAAAGGGGCCAAAAUCCUUUAGCCCCUAAGAGUGACUAGCAUCUAAUUUCUCCCACUAUAUGACCCCUGAAUCAAACAUAAAAGUCAUGAGAAUUGAGGAGAUGAUCACCAACUGAAGCAGCUCUUGAUUGUUGAACACUCCUAGUUGGCCUCUUAAGAAAUGUAUAAAGAACAGUAUAGAGAAUAUGCACGAUGACAUUGAGGUGUAAGGGGCUAAGACCUAGACCCAAACAGGACAGCCUGCUUGCAAACUAAACUGAAUGUAGCUAGAGGUCUUAUAGGCAGCCUAGAGAGCUAAUAACUGGCUUUUGAUAAAACUGCUGCCUUUGUCUCAUCUUUUGAUUGCCUUUUUUGUUUUAAAGAAUGUGAGAUUGAUUGCAUAGCAUGGAGUGAAGAUUCCUUGUUUCUUGCCAUUGGUGAAAGGUAUAUUUACUUGAUUCAAAGGACAUACAUUUAGUUUUUGCCAUAUGCCAAUUAAGGUGUGCUGCAUAAAUGAAUCUCCCUUUGCCAAGGUUUAUGAUUGGGGAUUGGGAAGCAAAACCCAAUGGUUUGAAUCUUGUGUGGUAAAGAUUCAUUUGAGUAAAUGCUUGUAAAUACCAUUGUUACAUGUACCUGUUGAUGUCAUUAUCUCUAUUUAGAUCAGCUGCAAGCAUGCAGCUGAUUCUCAGUGAGAGCAGUUUUGUAUUGUCAGUGACUGUAGCAUCAUUCUAACAGGCAUUAGUCUUUACACCCAUUGAAGGUCACACUUCUUACAUCCCAUGUUAAUGUUCUUCCCUGCUUAAGGAAUAAGUGGAAAGUGUUUUAGUGAUAACUUUUCAAUCUUAAUUAGGUCAGGGACUUUCCACUUUGUUCAUUCAGCAUCAAGGCAAGUACUGUUUUCUCAGGUAGGAUAAAAACUGUUUUUUAGGUAUUUGAAUCCACUGUUGCAAGAGCAGUGCUGAAAUAUAAAAAUAAAAUCCCUGUUGCUAUGAUUUCUUCUCAUGACAACAAACAGUGAUUUUGGUUAUUCAUUUCAUCAGCUUCCUGUGAUCAUUAGGUUUGGAAGAGGUUCAAAACUUUAAGGCUCAAACUCUAUGCUUGGAAAAGCUCUGCAAAUCUGAUCAUGUUAUUUAAUUAUUUUGCAUACUCCAGAUAAAACUCGGGUAAUAAUCAUAGGUUGCCAUAUAAACAAGGUUCAGAAAUAAGAGGACAACCUCAGCCUCUUUGGAACUGUAGGGUACGAAAACUGUGUAAUGAUCAAAUAACAAUGAUAAAGUACUUGCUUUAAUAUAGGCACAGGUAUGGGGUCAGGCUGCAAGCACAUUUUGUAACUUUUGAAUCAGAUGGAUUUUUAAGAUUUGAUCUUUGUUGCCUUCUUGGUUGCAUCUCAGUUAACAACUGAAGUUUCCUAGAGGUGCUCCUUGAUUUAGAUUUAUCAGUUUUAAUUAACUUUCAAAGGACAUUAAAAUACAAAGUGAAAUUUUGCUUUUGUUCUUUAGAAGAAAUUUUUGUCAUUAGUUACUUGUUGUACAGCAGGAAUUUGAUCCUAUCCUGUUCAUAAUUUUUUCUCAGGAGCUUGAAUCCAAUGGGAAUUUAAAAUGCAGUGAAGAAUGUACCUUUAUUUCUAUGUUGUUUACAACUCCUAAAUGUGAAGGUAUGAUUGUAACUUAAUGAUAAAAGUAUUGAUAGUAAUAAUAACUAUGAUAGUGAUGAUUAUGAGAAGUUAACAGUGAACAUUCCAUGAGAGAAGUGAUGCCAGGGUCAUCCGAUAGUUUCUUUUACAUUAAGCAGGAAAUUGGUUUGGUAACCUAAGCUGAUUAGCAUUCCCACAUAGGGACAUGGAGUUCGGCAAUAGUGAGUCUUAGUAUCCCAAUGUGAUGGAAACAAGCUCUUCUUUUGUAAGCCACUUGCAUGGACUUCAGGCUUGAGCUUAACAUGAAUUUGUUUCACAAUCCUUUAGCAAAAAGGUUUCAUAUUUGACAAAUAGAUUCCAUGAUACUGUGCGUCUGUUCAGUAUUAGGUCAUAGAUGACAUCAAAAUGUAAAAUUAAUUAGCUUAUCAUAUAUUCUAUAAUUUUAUGUAUCCAUCUUGAAUGAUGUUGAGUUGUAAGCCUUAAAGAGUGUUUGAGAAGUAAUCUGACUCGUAAAUUUUGUCUGUUUUCUCAAGCAAGCCAUAACAUAAAUGUAGAAGAAGCUUGGCUCAUGUAAGGCUUAUGAUUAAAUUCAACUUUUUUUCUUUCUGUUGUGAACAGGAGGAUGUAAGCUUGUCAUUUUGUCUGCUUCUGGCAUGAUCACUCAGUUCUCUAACCUUUAUCUCCAGAAAUUGAAUGACGGUAUGUGUCCAUAAACAUCCCCUGCUGGCAUUACAAUAACAUUUGAUUUCUAGUUUCAUGUCUUCUGGAGUUUUAUCAAAAGCAGUAAAUAUAUGUAAUUUGGAAAUCAAUUUGGCAAUCAGAUGGAUUGUGUGAGUUCAUUGUAACGCAUGCUUAGUUAUUGAUUACUGUUUAAAAUAAAGAGGUUGCUGCAUUUUACAAUAUUUUGUUAUCUUCUCUGUAAAAGGGAAUUAAUAAAAAUCUCUGUUCAGUCACUAACACAUAUGAUCUUGAUCAAUAGCUAUUAAUGGAGGGCAGUUUGAAGUUGUUACUGAAGUAAGUGAGUUUGGUUUAGUGUUAUACAAUUGUAUAUUAUACUCCUUCCCCUUUUACUUAGUAUACAUGAGUGUUUUGCCAACUUUGCAGGGGGAGGGGGGGCUUAUUAGAGAGGAGGCACUUUAUGGAGGUAGGGCUCCGGAUUGAAUCUUUUUGGUAUCUUAGUCCUGAUUAGUCAGUGACAAAAGCAUUCAUAGGUUGUGGAGUGCAAUUCAGCCUUUCUGUAUUCUACUUCAUGGAAUAUGAAGCUUUUUAAUGAUGAGUGAUUAAUGCCACUAUAAAUUCCAAAAUAUUCCAUAUGAGUUGUUUCAUUGAUUUAACUUAAUUUAACUUUGUCUGUCAGUCACAGUUAUUCUGGAUAUAAAAUGGCCAUUGUAGUGUAAAGAAAGCACAAACAUUUUCCAUCCUGUUAAAAAGUGUUUUGAGAAAUGAGCAACUGGGACAUACAUGGAAGAGUGAGAGAGUGGUUUUGUAGCAAAUACUAUAAAUAAAUAGCAUGAAGUGUUUGUGUAUAUUGUGAUUUACUGUCACUCAUCAUGUUUUGAAAGGUUUUAACAUUUCACUUGCUCAUGGCUCUUUCAAUUGCAAAAACUUUCAAAACAUUACAUGUGCUAGAGAAUCAUGAAAUGCAGUCAUGUUUUGGUAUUCUCCUCUACACAUUCCUUGUUUUAUAGUACUUAUAGUCCAGCGGUUAUUCAUCAUUUGCAACUGGCUAAACUGUUCAAAUGCAACCUCCAACUUUAUAUCAACUCAAGUCUAACCUUACCCCUUUAAUGCCCACCCCUCCCCCCCCCCUCCCUUCCCCCCCUCCCCCAUGUUCAACCUUGCUCCCCACACUCCUAAGAUAAAGGUACAUUUUAUUCAAAAGUCAAGAAGGGAUUCCAAAAAGAGGUCUGGAAAAGGCACUACAUAGCACCCCCUUCAACUCAAAAGGUUUGACUUUCUAUUAUAAUUGCAUGAUACACCAGUCAUAGUCACCAAUUGUAGGGUCAGUGACUCGCCAUGCACUAAAUUUGAGGGGGGUGGAGUGCUUUUGGAAGUAUAAAUAUGUUUGGUUUCAGGCACCUUUUAUCAAUAUCUCCAGAACUACUCAACCAAAUGUUGUAAAAUUUAGGGGAGGCAGGGUAACUUUUGUAGUUACUUCAUGUGGGAUGCUCGACUGAACUUAAUAUUCUAACUUCAUGACUUGGUAGAUGACCCUCUUUUGACUUGUUCCUCAUCUUUAAUGGAGUUCUCCUUGUCAUAGAGAUCGAAACAACAUCCAUGCAAUUGUAAUUAUUAUUCCCAAGUGGGACAGUCAGACCUUAAAGUGAUUCUUGUCAAGCUCCCCAACAGUUUCUAAAUGUACCUUCCCCCUCAUCUACACAAUUGCCAUGAUACCAUCUAAUUAAUACAGUUGAAAGUCAAGCAGUAUUUUGUAAAUGAAGUCUUGGUAGAACUUCAACUUCUUCUUCAAAGGCACCUUAUGGCAUGCUCUUUGGUGUCUUUCUUAGAGACCUGUCAAGGAAUGGUAAACAGUCAUCUCUUAAUCUUGACUCUUGACACCACAAGCAGUCAAGCAAGUUAAUUCCUGUCUGUGCUCAGUGUUUAAUGUUUCUCAUUCCCAAAUUUCACCAUAUCCUUUAUUGACAAAAGUGCAAAUGUUAAGAUGUUCAUCUUUGGUAGGCUCCCAAAAUCCAACUUCAUCAGUAUGCAAUUAAUUAGGCCCAAAUCAUGUGGCAUAACUGCUCCUGUAAGAAGGUGGUUUAACAGCCUCCUGACUUCCUUCCUGAUUUUUUGUAUGGUGAGCAGUAGAACAAUCUUCCCUUUUCAAGGUUGAAAAUUGGUUAAGAGGAAUCACUUUCCCCUUCACUUUGAAAAUCGUUUAUCCAAUUUGUGUUCAAAAAUGGCAUUUUUGAGUGAGCUAGCCAUUGUCUCAAGCUCAAGCCAACAAUGCCUAUUGUGGAAACUCACUUGUAAGAGUAUUCACAAUUACUGCAAAUUUCAGAACUACUCUGUGUAUCAGCUGUCAGACCUUUCCUCACCUACCAAAUCACCCAUCACCCAUGACGGCCUGAGUAACCAAUACAACUAUUGGCUAUCCAGAGUUCCAUCAGAGCUCAUUGACUUCCUGAUCAAAAUACAAACUUCUUGGGAUCAAGGGCUCUUAUUAGAGCUCAUUGACUCUGAUCAACACACAAUUUCUUGUGAUCAGGAGCUCUUAUCAGAGCUCAUUGACUCCCUAAUUGACACACAAACUUCUUGUGAUCAAGAGCUCUCAUCAGAACUCAUUGACUCCUUGAUCAUCCCACAACUUCUUGUGAUCAGGAGCUUUUAUCAGAGUUCAUUGACUCCCACAUUGAGGUACAAACUUCUUGGUAUCAAGAGCUCACAUCAGAGUUCACUGAUUCCCUAAUCAACGUAGAAAUUUCUUGCAAUUGGGCUGUUAACAGAGCUCAUAGACUCCUUGAUCGACCAACAAACUUUUUAAAAAUCAGGAGCUUUUAUCAGAGCUUAUUGACUCCCCAAUCAAAAUACAAACUUCUUGGGAUCUUCCCAGUCAACUUACAAAUUUCUUGUGAUUGGGAGCUCUCAUCAGAGCCCAAUGACUUCCCAGUCAUCUCAUACUUUCCUUGUGAUUGGGAGCUCACAUCAGAGUUCUCUUACUCCCCAAUCAACUUGCACAUUUCUUACUAUUGAAAGCUCACAUCAGAGCUCAUUGACUUCCCAAUCAACUUACUCAUUUAUGACUGGGAGCUCGCAUCAGAGCUUAUUAAGUCCCCAAUCAACUUACACAGUUCUUGCCAUCGGAAGCUCUUAUCAGAGCUUAUUGAUUUCCUAGUCAACUUACAUAUUUCUUGUGAUAGGGAGCUCUCACUAGAGCUCAUUGACUCCCCAGUCAACUUACAUAAUUUUUGUGAUUGGGAGCUCUCAUCAGAGCUCAUUGACUCUCCAAUCAACUUACAUAUUUCUUGUGAUUGAGAGCUCUCAUCAGAGCUCACUGACUCCCCAAUCAAUUCACAUGUUUCUUACUAUUGGGAGCUCUCAUCAGAGCUCGUUGACUCCCUAAUCAACUUACACAUUUCUUGCAAUUGGGAGCUCUCAUCAGAGCUCAUUGACUUCCUUGUCAUCUUACACAUUUCUUGUGAUUGAGAGCUGUCAUCAGAGCUCAAAACAAAUAUUUUGUGAUUUCAAGCCCUUGUUAGAGCUCAUUGACUCCCUGAUCAACUCUCAAACCUCUAAAAGCCCAACUGACUCACAAACCUCUCAAAGCUGGGAGGUCUUAUUAGAGUUCAUUGACACCCCAAUCCACAGUCAAACUUAUUACAAUUGGGAGCUCCUAUCAAAGCUCUUUGACUCCCAAAUCAACACUCACACUUCUUGCAGUUGGGAGCCCUUAUUAGUGUAUGUUUACUCCCCUACUGACACACAAAGUUUGUAUAAUUGAGAACUCUUAUCAGAGCUCAUUGACCCCCCAAUGGACAUACAAAUCUUUUGCAAUUGCAAGCUUUUUUCAGAGCUCAUUGACCCCCCAAUGGACAUACAAAUCUUUUGCAAUUGCACGCUUUUUUCAGAGCUCAUUGACUCUCCAAUCAACACACAAACGUCACACAAUUGGAAGCUCUAUCAGAGCCUACUGACUCCCUGAUUGACACACACAGUAGUGAUGAUGACCUAUUGACUAGGUGAUUGUUGAUGCAUGUCUCUAGAGCAGUGCAAGGUUGUUUGAGUGAACAGCAUCUGCCAUUUAUCCUUUCCAGCAAUAUUUUAUUAUAUUACAAUUUUUUUUUCUGAGCAACCAUUGCUAUGAUAAUGGUUUUACCAUUUUUUUUCCAACAUCAAAUAACUGCCAAAGUUACUUUAUCCUUCCAAAGUUUAUUUUAUUUAGUUGAGUAGUUUUGGAGAUAUUGCUAAAAUGUAAUUGCACACAGAAAUAUUGGUACUUCCUAGAGCACUUCACCCCUCUCUCUCUCUCUUUCUCUCCCCCCCCCCCUCCCCAAUAGCAAAUCAUAAUCCAAUGUCAAAGCUUUUAGGGGUGUUGUCAUGUCAACUUUUUCUGGUUUCUCCUCCUCUACUAAAAUAUGAGGUACUUUUUUAGCUGAGAGGAUUGCUACAAGUUGAAUCCGUUGAUGCUGGUGUUGUUCAUCAAGAGAAGAUUUCAGGCAUUACUGUUGGACAGCUUUGGGAUUCUCCUGUCUACAUUACUUAUGUAAGAUACUGUUAUUACAACAUUGCAACUCAAAAUCUACAAAAUUAAAUCCAAAGGUAAAAGAGCUCCACCUUUUUCCAGAUUAUGGUAUGGUUUUGCUUUGUGAAAUUGAGGAUAUUCUCAGUUUCUAUUGCAUUUGCAGAAUUUUAAUACGUCUUAGUUUUAAUACAAGUACAUGAUUGUUCUAACUGAACUGCACUUGUUCAAAUGCCUUUGCGACAGACCAAGCUAUCAUUUCUAGCAUAGUGUUUUUCACUUUUAGGUGAAAUUAAGGCUUUUUUUGGUGCUCGUAAGCAGUUAAUACAUUGACUUAUAGUUGUUCUAACGAGCCCACAUGAAACUGUACUCAUUCAAAUGCCUUUGUACCAGGCCAGGCUAUCCACUAAAGCAAUCUAGAGCUUGUAAGCAGUUGAUACUUUAGGUUCUACAUUUAUAUGUAGGGUGAGGGUGAUGCAGCCAUUGCAGUCUGGGCCAGCUGCAGAGAGGAUGGAAUUUAUCUCAUGGAUUCAAUCAGCUCAUACAUUCUUGGGGGUAUGUAUACUCAAGGUUUCCAAAAUUCUUUGUCAGGCCUCUGAAUAGUUUUUACAGGACAAGGGAUGCAUCUGCCUACAAUAAAAAAGUCCUUAAUGGAAGACGUCAUUGUUUAACUCCACAAGUUUUCAAUACAGCCUAACAGCUGUUACUCAAAAAAGGAUUGAAUUCGAAAUUGUUCCUUGUUUGAUUACAUAAUCCAAAUUAAAUCUUUUCUUUCAUUGCAUCACACUUCCAUGACCAGAGUUUCUGGCCAUGCCAAGCUUUUUCCUGUCAUAAAUUUAUUGAUGGACAUUUGUCUUCUUCAAGCUUGACAUUGGUCUGGCAUUUAACUAAACACAACAUGCUUUACAGCAGGCUGGUGUGUAAUAACUUCCCUACUACAAUUAUGAUAAGAUAUCAAAUGAGAAAUAGUGUAUACUCCAAAUACAAUGUAUGUUUACUGCUGGGUGUUUGGUAGAUUUUAAGUCUGUAUUCUAGUUGCUUACAAAGAUUCCAAUCUGAUGUGUAAAUUAUCUGUUGAAAGUAAUUUAAUUACACCAUAGUGUCUGGAAUAAAGCAGUUUCUAGAAAGUUCACUGACCCAACAAUACAACUUUUAAAUGUAAAGAGAUAGGUUAGUGAUAUAGCCUUCUGUACUGCUAUACACAGGAUCUUGUGUUGUUAAAGCAAACACAUCAAGUGAUGGUCACUUUCUUGUUGUUCUGGAUGACAAGGUAAAUGUAUAGUGCCUGUUAUAAUGAUCAUCAUACCACUCUGGGAAAAUUUAAUAGCUGGCUCCUGCCUAACCAAGAGAUAUUUUCAAAUGUCUGUAUACUUAAAUAAUUAAGCCCUAACUGGAAAUCAUUUCGAGAAAAGAAAACAUGACAUGUUUAGCACAUCUGUUCCCACAUCUGAACAAAGGGGGUAAGUUUCUAAAGAAACUGUGGUGCUGUGUUGGUGGGAGAGUCUAACAGGGUAAUUUAGAAUUAUUAACUGAGUUGAUAAUGUAAAUUGGCCCCCUCAAGCAUUAGCCCUUCAUCAGAGUGAUAUACAAAGAGCUAACCUUCAAAACUACAGCUUUAAAACUCUUUACAGUGGCCAAUUUAUGUUAUCAACUUAGUUGAUAAUACUAAAUAAGCCUGUUGUACCCACCUCUGCAGACUAGAUCAUCUGUGUGCUGAGGCAUCAGCCUUAAUUUUUGCAAUUGUGCAUACAGGCACAAUAAACAUGUGCAUGCAGUUUUCCUUCACUUCAAAAAUUUAAUGAUUAGUGGCUUCAAACAAACUGAAAUGGAUCGUAGCCACAAACCCAUCAAAUGCCUGGCCUGUCACCUUCACUAGAUCUGGUUUUAAGUCUGUUGAUUCUCUGUAGUCUUAUUCCUGGCUAAUCCUUCUGGAGCAUGCUUUCUUCUCUUUACUUGGAAGAAUUGAUCUUAUUGCAAUCUUAGGGCUGGCAUUAAGGAAAGCUAAACAUGCAGUCUAUGAAAAUUGUAUUUUCUGGAUUGUUUGGUGUGAUUUCCAAAACAGUGCGCUUGCACUGUCUGUAAAUGUUGCAUUUGUUUGAAGCAAAUUUAAUACUGCCUAACCCAUAAGCCCGAACAAUCUAUUGAUUCUUAUUGCCUGGGGCAGCAAAGAGUUACCAUGAUUUUGAGUUACUUGUAAUAUGAAUUCAUGACAUAAAAGUCAUACAUUUUGUAAGGAUUUGUAAUCUUACAUGCAUUGUUCAUGUCUCUGUAUCUUCUUUUUUUCUCCAGAAUAUGCUGAGCUUGUGGAAUGUUUCAUCUUUGACAAUGAUUGCAUUCUGGCCUCAUCUAAGCAUAGAUGACUUUCUAUUAUUGAGUUCCAGUAAUAUUCAAACUCCUGGGAUGUCCAAGUAUGUGCUGUUUUGAUAUCAGAUCUUGUCAAGUCUUCCUUCACUUAAAUCAUUGAGCUCCUCAUAUUAUUUAUUUGAUUAGGAUAUAUUUAUCAGACUGGAUAAUGUUUCUGAUGCAUGAAGUGUAACAAGUCACUUCUGGAUAAAGACAAUUUUCUUCUAGAUUUGCUCAAGAUCAAGUAGAGUACAGUAGAGACAGCUUUGCCCACAAAGUGGAUUUCUAGUUAGAUAAAGAACCUCUUAACUUAACCAGACUCUGAGCAAAUUUUCCAUUGAGGUUGAUGAGUAUUAGUCACAUUUACCAUCAGUAGUCUGCAAUAGUCUGGUUAAAGGUACUGAUAAACUACAUUCACAGAAAACAAAAGAUUCACUUGUUCCAUUGUAGCAAACUUUGUUUGGUUUCUGUGGGGUGUAGUUCAUACCUGAAUAGUAACAGUGAUUCAUUCAUACAUCCUGCAUACCUCUGUACCAAGUGAUUGUUGUUUAACGCAGCUUUUGGGAACUGUGAACCACAUUCAUUUGGCAGAAGUGAGUUUGAUCUCUAUAAACUUGUGAACCAGAAGCUAUCAUUCUUUUCAUAUUUGCAGAAGUGAUGAUGAAUACAAGCUUGUUGUGCUCACAACAGCAGAAAAUCAGGUACUAUUAUGAUUUCUUCCUAGGUCUUCCAGCUUUAUCGGAAUAACUGUAAGUAUUGUGUCAUAGUAAGGUUGGUAGUUGACAGGAAAGCAUCAGAUAAAUGCAAUUUGUGCAAAAGCUAUCUGUUUGUGGUGAGACAACAUGACAGGAAAUUAAAAACAGAAGAAAUAAAUUAAGACUUGAUUUGGAAAGAACAGGCCUCAGAGUAAUUGCUGGUGCAAAAGCCUUUUUGCAACUAUAGCUUCCUUAUUACCAUCUAUUUGGUAAUGCUCCAGCAAGGUACUAGACUUAGAAAUGCUUAGGUGCAUUUCUAGAAGGUAAAUGAAAUGACCCCUCUUUCUCAUUGAACAGUAACCUAAUUAUUUACAUAUACUACAUUUGUCAAUUUUGCUUUACAGAUGUGCUAUCUUCAAGUAUAUACUUUUCCUACCAUGAAGUCAGUGUAUUCUCUGCAAGUUUCUGCAUGCUCCCUAUUAGCACAGUGUCCAACCAAUCAGGUUUGAAAUAGUUAUAUCUUUUUUCAUGGUACUUUCUCAGGUGUUAAAGUGUUCAAGUUUAUUGGCUUUUAGUGAAGACCCAAAAGACUGUUACAGCAUAUCUUAUGUUUUUGUUAAAAUAAAUUUGUUAUCAAACAAAAUCUUACAUUGUACUGCAUUGUUGUUUGCAGGAGUCAAUCUUUUUCAUUGAGGGUAUCUACCAAAACCCACAUGACAGGUAAUCUGUUUUGAAAGGGGCUUUUGAUUAUCGAAGUCAUGUAGCUUCAUGUUUAAAUACCGGUUGGUGAAAAACUAGUUGAAAAUCUCCUAAAUGCGACUAAACUGGAAAACACAAGCGAUAACAAAAAUCUCCCAGAUGCCACUAAAACUGCGACUACAACUGCGACUAAAUCUGCGACUAAAAACUGCGACUAAAACUACGACAACACACACGCGAGAAAUCGUAAGCGUAACUUGCAUACGACUGAUGAACGUUAAAUAUCUCAGCGCGCGCGCGCGCUAAUUGCACGACACGCUAGUCCGGUACUUUCUUCUUAACACUAGUGUUUAUGCUGAGUUUUUCAAUAGACGUUUUUCAAAUGUGAAGAAUCACCAGUAAUGUGACUGAGUGACAUAGUUGUUUUCCCAUUUCAGAACAAAUGAUGACAGACACAUUUCUAGCAUAAGAAUCAGAUCUCUUACGGAAGCUCUUCCUGAAAACAGGUAAUGCGUAAUCUUGUAUAAGUUUCUCAUUGAGUGAUCAUCUUGCAUAAAAACGUGGUUCAGUUUAAUUCAGUGAGUGCAACUAAUUGAGGCUAAAUUGUAUCCACGUAUAAGAAACAAAGGUGAUCUGCCUUAGAGAGAGGAAGGAAACAUUAUUUUCAGCACUUAAAUACUCUGUGGACAGAAAAUGUGCUUAAUAUUUUUCUUUAAAAAAGACUAACAGGGUUUUUUUUAACGUGCUGUGAGGAAUGCUUUCUGUUUGCAAGAGGGACCAAUAAGAGAACUUAGUUGUAUAGAAAGUUUCCUUGUUCUCAAUAGAUUGUCCAGACUGCUUCACAAGCAAAAGUUUGAUGAAGCAUUGCGGUUUGCAAAGCAGUUUAAUCUGGAUAUAGAGGUGAGAUUUUAUAUCAAGGAUGGUAACGUAUUUGUUGUGGUUUGCAUCAAGAGAAGGACAAACCAUAUUAGCUUGAAAAAAGUCAGUAAUUUUAUUUGUUUGUUUCCUUAGCUUGUGUACAAAGUUAAGGCUAACUGGCUUCUUGACAAAGUGUCACCAUGGAAUUAUGAAAAUGAUCAUGGGCAAGAAAGCAAUGCUUUGGAGGGAUUUUCUCUCACAAAACUUAAGGAUUGCCUCACUCAAAUAAAGGUAAUAACAAUUACAUAGCAUGUACCUUUGUGUGCUGCAAUGCAAGUCUACUCUCUGCCUGUUCGUGAAGCUUCUACCUUCUGUCAUCCCUUAGAAUAUCUUGACUCAAACUAGAAAAACCUCUCAUGCACUCCAUUUUCUGUUAAUUUCAGGAUGAUGAAUAUGUCUGCAGGUGUUGUUUGCAAGCGUCACUUCCCACACUUGAUGAGACAUUUGAUCUGCUGAGCUAUGCUAGAAAACGGGUGAGCUACCUUCAUGUGCCAUGUACCAUUCAAAUUUUCUUACAUGUUGGUGACACAGGAAGAAUAAGUAGAUAAGUGGGGAGUUGAUUCCUACCAGGAUUUGUUUUCCCCCUUUUGGAGUAUAAAUGGGUGCCAGCAAAAUGUCAAGGAAUCUUGCUGGAUUGUUUGUGGGUUACCAUGUGAUGGACUGGCAUCCUAUCCAGGGGCGUGUGGGGAGGUGAUCAGCAAAAUCUCUGGUAGGAUGGACAUUCUGACUUCUUUUUUUCCAUGGUGUUUAAAUGGUGAUAGCUUGUUACUCCAGAGACCCUGCCAUCUUUACCAAAGCCCACCACCAUUUGCUAGUGGUGCCUUCCUUAUUUGCUAUUACUUACUUGUCAAGUGCUAUAAUUAUUGAACCACAAGUGUUGCAUGGGAUACUACUUUAGAUUUUCUUAACCAGCCAGCUAUCAUCAUUUUGUGUAACCACAAUGAGUAAACUUCAUCUGGUAUCUCACACUCAAUGAAAUUUCUUCUGCUAAGUCUUCCUUUUUUAGCAGGUAUCCAAGAGUUGUACUUGUUAGUUGUUGUCUUUUUCAUCCUGUUUCUUUCCCUCCUCAGAUUUCCAGCAACAGUGGGGUGCAUAGCCAAAAAGAAGGUCCAUGUGGAAAACCAUCACGUCUCUUGACUGAGGUGAAGUUUGUGUCAGUAUCGUGCUGAUACUACAAGACAUCCAGUGCCAUGAUAUCUGAUAGCUGAAUUAGCUUUACAAGAUACUUAAGAAUUGUAUGUUUCCUCACUAUGACAAAAGUGAAUACUAUGUGGUAAUAUUCAUUUUGGUAGGUCCUUGAGGCAUUGGAUAGACUAGCAACUUUUGAGAUGGCAUUUGGAGUUGAAAAUUUUAGGUGUGUUUGAUUUUCUCUCAAUUUUCUUGUCUUUCGUUUUCUUAGUUCAUCAGGACUAGAAUAUAUUUAUAUUUUUUCAGAGCAACUUGCUCAUUAUUGUGCAGCAACUGUAAAGACAAGCCUGAAUCUAUUCCAUUUAAACCAUUCAUCAGUAAGAGAUCAUGUUGCGACCAAUUUGCAAGGGAAAAUUACAUCAUUACCCACUUGUUAUCUUUCAAUCUGUGAACCCAGUUGAUUAAGUAUGCUGUUAGAGAUUUUCACAGGAUAACCAAGCCCUAUUUUCCGAGAGAGUCACAAAAUUUAUUCGAAGUUUCAACAUCAAGGUCGCCCCUAAGCCUAUCCGCUCCAUCUCGAGCAUACUUCAUAAGCCCAAAGAGAAGAUCGAGGAAGAGGCUUCCAGAGGAAUCGUGUACAAGAUCAACUGUAAAGAUUGUGAUUGUGUUUAAGUUGGUCAAACAUCCGGGCACUAAAAACACGCAUGAAAGAUCACGCAAAGGCCAUAGCAACAUUGGAUGAAAACUCUUUGUUGGCCAAACACCAUAUGCUUCACAGUCACCAAACAGAUUUGGAGAGCGUUGAAAUUGUCGACUUGUUGACAGGUCAUCGGCGUGACGACAAAGACUAAUUCUUUAAGCUUAGCGAGAUGGAAACGCUAUAAACGAACACAUAAUGCUACCAAACAUAUACAACAACAUUGAGAAUUUUUAGAGCCAUUAAAAAUACUUUAGAGACUAUUGUUAAACUUAAAAAAUUCCUUCGAGAUUUAGUUUUAUCACACAUCGUGGACAUACACCAAGUAGGACGCCGUUAGACAUUUGCAUUUUUAUCUUUGCUGAAGAAGGCAACAGCAGUAGCCGAAACGUCCAGAACAAUAUAUGUUUUUAGUCAGUGUCAACUUUUUUAUUCUUUUUACCAAAACCUUUUAUUAAGCCUGGCUACGCACCGAGUAUUUCUAACUAUUUGUUCUUCAUUGCAGAACUAACAUCUUUUUUUACGUUGUCUCACAGUGGCCCCCAGUGGCAGUACUUUGCCUCUGUUGACCUCCUCGUUGAGCUGACAAAAUGCCUGCUUUCUAGCAAAGUCACCAGUGCAGUUAUCAUUUGGAGAAGACAUCAGGUAAAGUGAUCUUGAAGUGUCUCAAAGUCACAAAGCAGUGUAGGCAAAUGAUUCAUAACAUAUGACUGAAUUUGGUGUGAGAUUUUAUUUGAAUCGGUAUUCUGAAAUAGAGAAACACAGGAUAAGCUAUUCCAUGCUAAGUUCCUGAUGAGGCUCAGUAAACGGCAUUCGUGAUCGCUUAACAGAGGGGAAAUUACAGUAAUUGAGGGUUAACAAUUUCUGGACUUUGAAAACAGACCGCUUUAUAGAGAGUGACCGCUUAAUACGGCGCCGCUAAAUAAAGGUGCAACUGUACUUCUAAGUGAACACCAAGGAUAAAACAAUACGAAGAAAUGAUAAUAAGAGCGUUCAGUUCAAUACAACACCCACUUUAUUGUGGCAAAUUUUUGUGGAAACGGCACUAUUUAUUCCAUUACUUCUUUUGCAGAGUCAUUUUGUCACUCAGUUUAGUAUGGAAAAAUUGGAGUCUUUAAUUGGUUCAAUGCCCGAAGACUUACACUCUUCCAUUGUUAUUCCGUGGCUACAAGAUGACCUUGUGCCUUUUAUCAGUAAGGCCUUUCCCUCGGGUCUGGUAAGUUAAAACACACGACAAAGAACUUAUCACUCAAUUCAGUCUACAUGUUAUUUCUUUAAUAUGGAAGCGAUCUUCGCAGUUAGGAACACUACUUAAGCAGCAAUGAAACUAAGGCCUGAAUCAAAUUCAGGCGUGUACGGGAUUUGAACCUAUGACCUUUGCGAUACCGGUGAAGUGCUCUACCAACUGAGCUAACCAGCCAACCAAGAGCUGGUCAUCAUGUUGGUCGUAAAUAAACCCGUGAAGUGGUGAAUAAAUGACCAUAAAUGAAAUGAAAAUCAUAUAUGUGAAUUGCGGUUAAAGAAGUGAAUAUAGAGACGAUCUUCGCAUUUCUGAACACUACUGAAAAAUUCAGGCCCUUACAUGCCUGAAUUUUUUUCCGCCUUAUUUUAACCACCGCCUAAGUAGUGUUCAUAACGGCGAAGAUCACUUCCAUAUUCAUUUCUUUAACCGCGCUUCACAUAUAUGAUUUUCGUAUAUUUACAGUCAUGUUAUUUAUUGUUGUAUGGAAGAUUCAUUGGCUUCAUGGUCAGUGUGCCGGAGUCUGGGUCAAGAGGUCUGGGUUCGAGACCUGGCCGGGUCAUUGUCUUGUGUUCCUGGGCUAAACACUUCACCCCCACAAUGCCUCUAUCGUCAAAUUGGCGGGAAGCCUGACGAAACACUUGGGGGGGAGGGGGGGUAACCUUGCGAUGGACUGGCAUCCCAUCAAGGGGGGAGAGAAGUAAUACUCCUAGUCACUUCAUGCUAAGGAAACCGAGAUAAGCUCCAGCUUUUGGUGGGGGGGGAGAAGAGGUAACCUGUGUUACUUUCUCAUACUGAUGUUUUUCUCUGUUCUCAGCGGAUGCUCGCGAGUUGGUUGGAGCAAAGAGCCAAAAAUAUGGAGCUUUCUGAGAAGGUUAGAAAUAAGCGCUUGGAUAGUGCCAGAAGAAAUUUUUGCUCAGUAUGGUUCUCUUUAGAAAAUACUUUGUUCGAGUGAUUAAGCCGAUGAAAUUGUUUUAUUUCAGGAGGGUUGGCCUCAAAAUGCUUUGCAACUUGCAAGUGUCCUGUUGUGUGCAUCAAAGUCCGUUUCAGGGAGUGCUUCAGGAAGAGGUCUUGCCACUCCCGCUCAGUUUUCAGACCAGGUAUUUUAUUCUUCGAAGAGAGAUAUGUGUAUUGUUUUUUGUAUCAUGUUAACUACUGAUACCAGUCUGUUACAUGACAUGAAUAUCUGACCACAUCAUUCAUACUAUGGUUUAGUGGUUGAAUACCUGACCAGCAUAUGAAGGAAGCGGAGUUUGCUCUCUAUUGAGUAGGACUGACACGCCAUCUUUGCCUCUCUCCUGGUUCUGUCAAGUCUUCUAAUGAUGUAGACAGUCCGAAGAUGAAGUCUUGUACUUUCUGUAUCCUGAGUAACUUUUGAAAAUCAGAUUUUUUUCAGUGCUGAGUAGAUAUUGUGUUUGUAGGUUUGUGGUCUUCCUGCAACAGCAAGAGCACUAUUAAAGGAUAGCAAAAAUAACUUGGUACGUGCCUGAGUCUCCAAACUAACUCUGACUGAGCGAUUUAAAAGCGUAUAGUUUAUAAAACUUCACAAAGUUAUCAGUUGCUUUUCACGUCGUUGUGUUUAUUGGCUUUUAAUAGGCACAUGGUUUUGUGGCUGUUAAAAUCUGCCUUGCUGCAAGCUAAGAGCUUUCGACCUCUUUAACCUUUGAGCUGAUUAAUACUUACGCAUCCAAUUGAAUAUUAAAUUAUUAAUGAUGAGAGUACAACUAUGGAAAUGAUUGAUGAAAUAUACCCUUCAUUGUUUGUCCAGUUCCUCAGUAAAGUUUCCAUUGUUUGCUUUGUCAGGUUGAUUGACGGUAAAAUGUGAGUCUCUAUUGACGAGGAACAAUUAAAUAUUAAGUCAAAAAUUUUUAUUAGUAGUAGUAGUAUUUAAAAGUAAUUAGUGGUACAUUUACCUCAAUAUUGCUCAAAGUGGUAGGUUGUGUAUUGCAUUGCUCCUGCGGUUGUGACAUGUAAUCUGUGACUUUUUUUCCUAUCAGGAUGUUGACGAUGAAUUAGCCAGCUUAAUGAAGUUGGUUCAGCAGUUGACUGAGCUUGUAGAUCUUCACACCAAGUAUUCUUGUAAAAUAACGCUGGCAGAAUUUUCUCAGGUAUUUUUUUAAUGGUCGCUUUGCUCUGGUCCAAAGUUAAAGUGAAAGGUGCGCAGAGUGUCGGAUUUUGUAUACUUUUGGAAAUUCUCUUGAAAUAAAGGAAAAUAAACAAAUAAAGAGUUUUUAGCGUCUCCGAACACAAGUAAACUCUAAAUAUCCUUUAAAAAGGGCUAAUUUUAAAGGCUCCAGCAAAUGAGUCGGAAAUCAUCGGACAGAUUCGUCCUGAAUUGGACGGAAGCAUGCGAUCGGAUGAUCUCGCAACAUCUGUCUAAAAGUGUUUGAAAACGGAUGAGAAUGUCCGAAAACGGAAGCAAAUAUCCAAAAUCGGAUGAUAGCCAUCUGAAAUCGGACAAUAGUAUCCGAAAUGGGACGAAAACGUUCAAAAUCGAACGAAAGUGUCCGAAAUCCGACGGAUGUGCACAAAAACGGACAGAGGGGUCAGAAAUCGGAUAGAACUGUCCAAACUUGGACGAAUCUACCCAAAAUCUGGAGUAACUCUUUGAAACUAGGUGGAGAAGUCUUGCCCGUCUCCAGAAGACGUUUCUUCUCUGUUGAAAGUAGCAUUCGAUUUACUGACUUAGGGCCAAAAUACAGUGAACGCGCUUUUCCUUUAUUUCCAGUCAUUGUUCUAACACAAGACAAGUCAAACUUUUUUUUCCUGAAAGGUCCACGUUAGAAAGAGUAGAUUGUACGUAACACUUUUGUUGUUUCACAGGAAACCAUAGCAACAAUAGUGUUUCGCCUGCUGGACCGUGUGGUGGCUGCUGAACUCAUUCCGAGUGCAAUCGCCAAAUACAUAGCACCGUACAUGGUUCAUCACAGCCUUGAUAGGGACACUAUGCUUCUACGAUACAUAGAGGUAAGUAAACUAUAGUAUAUUACUUCUGCAGAAGGGAGCCUUACCAACAUAUUUCGAUUUGAUGUCUCUAACUUUGGUUGAUGUUGGUGUUGCUCUUUUAAUCUGUUCCUUUGUUUGGUUUAUUUUUUUUUUAGGCUUAGGUAACCUCUGUCGUCUUUUUAUUUCCGGUCUACUUGCAGUUUCAUCUCAAUACUUUAUAGUUGCCCAUUCAUUUUAUAAAUAUCAAAAUCAGUUCCUAUUAGUCUUUAAAUUUCUAAUUUCGGGAUUUCAGUUUGUAUGAUAUUUCCAACACUUACAUGGAAAUUGGACUUUUUUUGUUUCAAUUUGGAAGAAUGAUUUCGUCAUGACACUUUACGUUUCUGUCGAAGGAUUUGUUCAACAGAAGUGAUGGAUCCUACUCGUCAUUGUCUAACUCACUGUGGGAGGCCAGAGUUAUUGCAAUCAUUUCUUGCAUCAAAGAAAAAGAGGUGACAACCAUUUAUGACAUGUAACUUGUUUACGACAUGUAUAUUCUUUUGUCCGAAUCUUCCUUGUGAUAGUUUAAAGAAACCACUAAAUUGUGCUCCUCUCCCAACGUGUGGCUUCGCAGCUCAGUUGGUAAGAGAGCUCAACUAGUAUCUGGGAGGCAUGGGUUCGAUUCCCGUCGAAGCCUUAAUUUUUUUGCCCAGACUUCUUUUUUGCAAUUGCUUAAAUUGCAGUUCACCUCCGAACAUCAUUGCUUUCCUUGAGUUGAUAAUUUUGAUGGGAAGGGCGAUUUGAACGGGAAGCGCAUGGAAAUCAGUUUGCAUACUGUUUUGUUGCUUUUAUCAUUCUAUUUCCAGGUCCGUUGCAAAGCAACUCUCGAAGUCAUGCGACAUGCUAUGAUACCUUGGAGCGAAAGUGUCGAAAAGCUGGUCGCUGAAUUCAUGGCAGCCUAUCCAAAGUAAGUUCACAUAAAAACACUGUUACUUUUUAGUGAAGUCUCUCCAUCAUAUGUUACUUUGUUUAGUUAAUGGAAAGUAAAAAAUAUGUACAAAGAGGAGAUAUAACAGGAAUGAACCGAAUAGAAACAAAGGAUGCUUGAAGAUGGAGAAAAUUCAUGCGGAUGACAAAUUACGUGCGAAUUUGACGAACUACGUACGCUGCCACGUUAUGAAUGAACACAAACUCCAUUGCAUGUGUAUUUUACCGAUUGCCUUUUUAUUCUUCUGCCGAAAGUUUUCCUUAUGUGAGCUACUACAAUUGUAUUCGACCAAACAGACUCGAUGGCGUCACAAAAUUCAAGUCCACCAAUCAAUUUCCAUCACUAAUUCAAGUCCUGUAAUCUGUUUGUUGAGAGCAACUAAUGCAGGUCGCGUGUAACAUUUUCUGCGCGCUUAUUGGUCAGUUAUCCUAUUAGGGGCCCCAUACUGCUGAUGGUCUUUUUUUUAACGAAAGGUCUGUGUUCAGAUGUUAAGUGUUCCUUAUUUGUAUCUACUCUGCCUCAUGCAGUGCAAGAAAAUAUUAGUUAAUUCUACUUCAGCUGGCUUCCGUAUUUCCUAAAUUCGCUGAAUUUUGAAGAACUUUGAUUCUGGUCGUGCUUUAUUUCAAAGGAUUACAUAGAGUGAAUAUAUCAACUUAGUUUAUAGCUUCAAAUGUUAAAAUAAACUGCCGAAAGUUUUAGUUUGGAAUUACGUGAUCUUUGGUCCCCAAGUACGUUAACUCGCUAAAUUUUACUUAAAUUUCAGGUGAUGCACUUUGUAGGUAUUACUGUUGCAUUCAUCUGAUUUCUUUGUUUCUUUUAUCACUCAAUCAUUAUCUUCACAGUGAUAUGAACCUCAAGGAGCAGUUUAGACUUGUUGAGCUUAAAAAGAUGCUUUCUCAAUAUCGAAUAAGAAGCUUUCAUGUAUCUUACGCUGCACGAGCGAAGGUAAGGGAGGAUAAAUACGUUUUAAAAUAUAUCCGAAGGAAAUUAAUAGUCAAUUCAUAAGUGUCCUUGUGUACCUUUUUAAGUCCUCAACUUUUCUUAGAUCGAACCCCUUGUUACAAUGUCCUUAUUAAGUGCACUUGAUGUUUGAAAUGUUGUUAAAACGAGUUUUGCAAUUUGACACUGAAAAACCUAACUAUUCUUUAUGGAUGAAAUACAACACUUAGCACAAACUUAUUCCAAGAACACGCCCAAUUUUCCUAGUUUGAAAAAAUCGAAUUUUUUUAAGAUGAUCGAGGAGAAAUGAACUUCUCGAUCAUUAAUUUUUGCGCUGGAAGCAUCUACCGUCGAACGAAGAAAUCACAAAUUAUAAACUCGAUAGGUUAGAAAAAUACUAAAGAAACUAUGAACAGCGAGGAAGAAGGAACAAGCUGUUACGGAUUAAAAAUAGUUUGGCAAAUUUCCUCAAUAAUUUUGAUGAUGUUGAUGAUGCAAAAAUCAUAACGUAAAUUGUUGUCAUAAAUAUCAACUGAUUUUGAUAUUGAUAAAUGCUGUUUACUCGCACAUAUGUUUUUGCCUCAAUUAGAUCUUGGAUCAAGUGUCAAUGUCUGUGAAUAGUUGUAUGAUACAAAGCGUGAAAUCAGAUCUGCUUGAAAAUAAAACCGCGUUAAAUAUUUAAUUCCAGGCAAUAACAAGAUAUAUUUUGACCAGAGACCAACCAAAUGUAAUGGAAGACGCCUUGAAGGUAACUCGAAACAAAUGCAUAGCUGUUUUACUUUCAUAAUGUAUCGAUUUUAAUGAGCCAUUUGCUACUUUAAUGUUUCUUAACCCAGUCAAUGCAAAGUUACAAAGUUAAGCGAUCUCUCAAGUGGCAGUUUAAAACAAAACUAUCUACGUGCAGAACAACCACCUGAAAUACAUGUAGGGCUCGUUUAUUUUCACGAUAACUGAGAAACCAUUUCUAAGAACGAUCAGUUUGAAGCCAUCCUUUUAAAACUGGUAUUACCCACUGAUACGUUUUCCAGUGAGUUUCCAAGUUUACUUCUUGUAUAUUCUACAACCACCAGGAUCCAAGAUUAACCAUACCUAUUACUUUAUUUCAUUUAUUUCUAGUACAUGUUUGAGUUUGUUUUUUCUUAUUGUAGGUGGUAACAUCAUAUAGUCAUGUUACAGAAGACGAAGCCUACGUUUUUCGACUUCAGAAAUUGUGUCGUGAGGACAAGGUGCACAAUUCUUUUUUUCUUUCCUUUAAUUCGGGGGUGGGUGAGAUGAAAAAAUCUUGUUAACUGAUUGGCUAACGUUACCGUCCCAUUCUGAAAAUGAGACUCGCUAAUACAUGACGUUUUAGAUUCCAGCCUGUUUGGAGUUGUUAGAGUCAGUUCCAUUACCGCAAGCAGAACAGUAUGCGCAUGAACUGGUGACUUGGCUCAGUGGAAUUCUUGAAAAUAACUUCAGCGAUACGAAGGUUAUUAGUCUUUUUUUGUUGCUGUUGCUGAUGUUGAGGAAGAAUAGCCUUUUGAAAAUAAUUUUUUAAACUUUUUACGCUUCUAAAUGGAUACCAUUUGUUCUUUCAAACAUCCAGGAAUUCUCUUCAGAGAAGAUUGUGGCUUCUCAAGCAGGGGUUGCAAUCUUGAAGUUCAUGAAGAAGCAUAGUGAGUCUAACCUCUUUCUUUUUUACUACCUCUUUUAUCUGUUUUCUGCUCCAUAAUUACUUUAUGCAUAUGAUUGUUUAGAGAUAGUUCAUGGUUUGUUUCUGAUCUUUUUUUGUGUCUUCGCUUUUGAUUCAAAGACCUUUCAUCGAUUGUCGACGUAGAUGAAUCUCUUUCUACACUGCAAAUGAUUUCUGCACUUCAGGUGAGGUUCAUCUAAUUUGGAAUCUAACUGUAUCCAUAUCAGACUAUUUUGGGGGAGGGCAGGGGGAGUAGCCCUUUUGCUGUAGAUUGCUCACAAGCCAAGUGGUCGACACCACUAAAACUUAUUCAGGUUUCAAUAGCAAAAUGGUUACUCCCCCUCCCCUUCCCCAGAAUAGGAUGAUCCCAGCCAGGGCUAGAACAUGGACCAGUUUGCUUAACUCCUUAACUCCCAAAAGUGAUUAACAUAUAACUUCUCCCUGUAAUAUCAAAACAUUAUCCAGCAAACAGGUCAUGAGAAUAUUCAAACUUAUCAGGUAGAAGUUAUCUUGAUCUGACAUUAAAUUCUCGUAACUAUUUACAAGGAAAUAUCUAGCAGCGAGAGGGGAGAAUUGACAAUGAGAUCUUGGGAGUUAAUCAACUGUUAGGCCACUGCAUCUUCCAUGGUACUGGAGACGAAACUGACCUUUUUUUUUUUUUUUUUCCUUCUUUUUUUGUUUAAACUUAUUUUUUCUUUUUUUUUUUUUCUACUUUUUUUUGUUUGCGUUUCAGAGAGAAUUCUCUGUAUUCCUGUCUGUCGAGGAGUAUCAGGUUCCCGACGUUCGGCAUGGAUUAUUUGAACAAUAUCUUCAACUGUAUUUAGAUUCUCGUGAAAAGAAGGACAGUGAUGUUGAUGAAAAGGUAAUGACCGACUCCUGUUUGUCGGUGUAUUGAAGAAAACUGCUCACGAAUGUACAAAGAAAUCAAAGGAUAUUAGAUAAUUAUCAUGACUACAGAGCUUUACUGGUGGAGAGCCUCUUUUCGGAAGUGAAACGCCACGUCAGGGCAUGAGCUACUUUGGGCUUUUUCAAAAGUACAGAACCUGUAUCUUCGCCAUUACUCCCUAUGUAUCUUUAUCUCUCUGUUUGUUUUUUCAUAGCAUGAUUCGCAAAAGAUUAGCAGCGAGGUAUGCUCUGGUGUAGAACAAGUGACAUUGACUAAACUAUUCAGGUUAGUAUUAGUUGGAGAGCCUCUUUUCGGAAGUGAAACGCCACGUCAGGGCAUGAGCUACUUUGGGCUUUUUCAAAAGUACAGAACCUGUAUCUUCGCCAUUACUCCCUAUGUAUCUAGGAUAUUAUUUAGAAAGAAAUGUCCAACUAUCUCUUACUUAUUAGGAUUCAUCGUUCGUUAACUGCUUCUCGUUAAGAAAGUGCAUUACAAGGCAUUACCUUUAGAUGUCGUCUUUUGUAACCUUACCUUUUAGAUCUGUGUUAGAUGCUGAGAUACAGUGAUCUUAUGUUGAUCAUAACUAACCAGGUCAUUACCUACUAAUAUUUAUGCAUCAAAAUGGCGUAACGAAAUGGUUAGAAUCUAUUCACGAACUUAUAACAUCAAUACAGCCAGAGUUGAGAUUUUCUUCAGUCUGUUACGCUUUAGACAAUACUUUUUAUAGCAAAAGCAUCAAACACGUGAAGCAGGAAUUAGAUCCAAUGAUGCAAUAAUUCUGCUUAGAAUUUUUUUUAUUGUCCGAUUAACCAUAGGCUGUUCAAAUAGUAGCGUUAAGUGAAGAUACGUUAGCAUGUACGGUAUUUGCUCUAAUGUAGUUUAUAUCUCAUGUCUUUUGAAGGUUAGGGGAAUUAGUGGGAAUGUUAAAGGAAGAAAUAAGACUGACGUUGAUGUCCAAAGCAAUCUCUGCAGGGAAUAUAUCGUAUGCUUUAGAUAUGUGCAGGUAUGCUAUCGUCCUGUGAACUUCUUCUGGUUUUGAAAAAGAAAGAACAUUCCAUUGCUUGGUAUUCUGUGUCCCGUGCUUGUUAUCCACAAUUGUCAACAAGCUGCUUUCUCAACAAGCAAUAGCUAAUCCAUCAUAGUCGCUUUCAUCUCUUCCUAGUGGGCUUCUGUACUUUGUCAAAAACUUUUCCUGAAAAUUAAGCGAUCUGUUUUGCUAUAUUGCUGUCUUUGUCGUAUGUAACGAUUGUAAACUGCAUUCCUCUCAUAACAAGUUUCUUAUUUUGCGUUAUCCAUGGUCAGUAGUACAACAGUAUUUUUCCCUCUUACGGUUCUGAACGAAAAAACGGUUUUAAAGAUUACUGGGUUUUCACAUAAAGUACGACUUGUAAGAUCUUUAGGAUAAUUAAUCAUUGUAGAUCCGCCAUGCCAUUCCUAACGACGCAAAGUCAUUGUUUUGUUUAUAUCCAUGCACCAGACUUAUGAUGAGCGUCCCUAGACAUUUUUCACACAAUUAACCCUUUUUUUUUCGGAGAUGGCGGGAAAUUUCAACAUUGCUUUUGGUCAUUGGAAUUGUUUUAGGGAGUUGAUUGAAAGAGCUCCAUGUGCAAGAACUGCCUUGACCUUGUACAAAGUCGUUCUCAAUCUUUGUGAGACGCUUGCUGAAGGACACUCCGUAGCUACGGAUAAGAACGAGAACAUGUAUCACCUGACUCAUACGAUACAUCAGCUCUUGUGUCAAGCAUCGACUCACUGUUCAGCAGGUUAGUAGUCCUGAUUGGACAAAGAAAGCAAACCGUCCUUUUCUUUUGUUUAUGUAGAUGAAGAAGAUUUAUAAGAUCUUGCUUGGUCGUCUUAUCAGUGUAAAAUGUUUAUAUUCGUUUCGUCGCGAGUGUAAGGCACAGAAAAAAUGAGUCUGCUUUAAGUAUUCAAACCUCAAAUCUUCAGAUUCGUUGCUGUAAGGUGCAAUCUCUGGGGGGUUUCUAAUAUUUUUCCUUUGUCCCACACCCGUGGCGAAACGCAUAUACCUCUUUAUCUGCUAAUAGUUGCAACUUUUGCGGAGCAGCAUUUAAAAACUGGUCACUAGAUUUUACGACUUGAUGGGAAACUGUAUGGUUGACAGUUAAAUUAAAGAAACUGCUCUUGCAACUGACACGAUCUUCCUUGAAUUUGUUCAAAGCUGACAGUUACUUUGUACAUACAGUUGUUGUUUAUAACCUUAUCUUGUAUUUGAUUUCUUUUAUGGCGUGUUUUUCUCAUUGCCUAGAUUUGCUAUGUGACUGCACUGAGCUGUGCAAGUAUUGCCGUCUGACAGACUCUGUGUACUCGCAGUGUGAGAGUGGUGAUUACGGAUUUUCCGUCCAAACAACUCCACAAAGGUGGGCAUCUUUUGGUAUUACAUUUUUCACGCAAGUUUUGUCUAUUAUCCCAAGACAUUAUGAGCCCGCGGAGAAGCAAUUCUCCAAUGGGUGCUGUUCUGGGCGCGAAAACUGGCUGGGUCGUUUGUGUUGUGUUCUUUGUCAAGGCACACUCUUAUCACAGUGCAAAUUCCACUCAGAAGCGUAAAUGGGAACUGGUUACUGUUAGGGAAAUUUGACGAAUGGCUGUCUGGUUGGGGUGUAGCAUCCCAUUCAGAGGCUUUAGCGAUACUCCUAGUCGUUCUGAGUGAUAGAAACCGUGGUGCACCACAAGGUUCGCAAGGCUAACCGAAUAAAGGGGGUAAAUAUUUAAAGAAACUGUGGUGCUACUUCUGUGGGAGAGUUGACGCUGACGUUUCGAGCGUUAGCCCUUGGUCAUUCGCUCUGACGAAGGGUUAACGCUCGAACGUUAGCUUUGAAACUCUUUACAGUGGCCAAUUUACGUUCCCAAGGCUAACCACUGAUUGCUUAAACACAGUUAAAUAAUGAUGGAAGGACAUCGAGGUCUUGCUUCUGUAGAAGAAUGACUUUGUGGUGUCAUCACGCAGAGAAAAAUUUAGUCUUACAUUUGCUUUAGUGGUAUGUCUGUACCGUUUACUUGGCUACUUUGGACAUUGGAUUCCAACUUUCAUUGAUUGUCUUGAAUUCGUCUACUAAAUAAAUCAACAUUUUCCACACCUUUAUCACUAUUGUCAUCAUGCAAAGAGAUACAAGGGUAUGAAUGGUCACCACCGGUGACUGACAUCUAAUUUCUCUUUAUUGUAUAUUUGCUGAAAAAAAAUAAAUGAGCGCCAUCUUAAAAAAAAGUUCUUUGUUCUUUUUAAAUCAAAUCGUCCGCUCAUUUUUGUUGAAAAUGCACUGGACAUACUGAUAUCGGGGUGAAAAGGUUUAAGAUGCACAAACUUUACGUGUUCAUAUUUAGUCAAAUUCCAUGCUAAUCUGUCCUCCUUUUUCUUUCUUUACUUUUUCAGCUCAAGUCAGGAUCCCUUUAUGGAAUGGACAUUUGGUAAAAGGUUCAGGGAAGACUGUCUAGUGCUGGAUUCUUUUGUUGCUUUGCCCUUAGCUGCAAAGCUUAGCAUAGCUGCAGUUCCAGGUAACGACUGAGAAAUUCGAAAAAUGUUCUUGCAGGGGUACAUUGCCUGUAGUUUCAGUCACGUGACAAUCAAGAGAUCUGGGAACAUCUCUGGCCUAAAAACGGUCUGUACAGCCUCCUCAUUAGAAAAAGCUAAUAUCUUAUUUAUCAAAGCGCCCUAAAGUUUAGCGGCCGGAUUAAGUCUCCUUUUUUUUUCUCGUGUUAAAGACCGGAGAAAGCACUGCUCCAAAGAAUAUAUAAACUGUUAAUACCAGUGAGCUGUUAGGGAAACCAAAAGAUUUUCGAGUUAUUAGAGGCCUGGUCUAUGUGAGUAAUGUUUAUUUUAUGAUCUCAUGGACAACCUUUCAUGUCCGCAUGAGACGCAGAUAUGAUUGUUAUUUCAUACCAAUAUGGUUUGUUGAAAGAAUUUUGACAUGACACGACAAGAUCAUGCCAUGAAACUCUUACCUACCUUGUGUACAAAAAUGUCCACCUGAUAAACGAGGACUCCUAUUUACGUCACCAACAGCCAAUUACAACUCAGCCGGACAAAGACCAUUUUAUCAAGCACGAGUAGCUGGUAGAAGACAAAAGUGUCAAGGUAAAGUUAUGCUGUAAGUCGAUAGACCCAUUUCAGUUUCUUGCAAGUCGUUUCGACUGCAGCACGCCUAGAACAGCUAGGACUGAAAUCCACCAAUCACAGCUUUUGAAACCAGCCAAAUUUCAGCGGAUGCUUAUGCUUAUUGAGGCUAUACGUAACCAGUCAACCUUAUCACCUGGAGACACCGAAAUUCUCCAUUAUUGUUUUUAUUAUUAAAAUGCUUAGCAUUUCACGACGCAGUAAUCUUGACGUUGCUUAUUAAAUAUCUUGUCGAGUUACGUAUCGUAAGCUCUCAACUCAAGGGAUGAUUUUGUGCUUUUGAUCAGAAUCAAAGGCAACUGAAAGUGGUGAAGUGGAUAAACAGUCUUCGUAUUUGAUGCUGACUAGUAGUGCUGGACUUGACAUAAUCAGACACCUUCAGGAUAACAGUCUGUGCGAGUUGGCUUUACAGUAUUUACUUCAGGUGAGGAUCAUUUGAAAAAUGGUUGAAAUAGUUGUUUAGUUAACCCCGGCGGUGCCAAGACCGGAUUAAAAUGACUUUAGUUGGGAAUAUUGGUCAUUUGCAGUAGUGCAAAUAAGCAAUAAGCCCUACAAAAUUUUCAGUCUGUCAGCACACGCUCAUCUUUCUAAUGCAUUUCUAAUUGUCUUUUUUAGACGCUUGGUGUCUGUCUGCAACAUUUUGCGGUAAACAGUAUGCUUAGUAACGACAAGGUGAGACAAUAAUUGGUGGCAUAUCUUGACCUGCAAUCCAUUCAUGACAGAUAGUGAUAGUCCUCGAGCCUGAAUUCACCAAGUACAUGACAAUCUUUUCGUCUUUCAGGAGGAUCAAAAGAGCGGCGAAAUUGAGAAACAGAGGCUGGCGAAGAUUGCUACUAUGAGCAUUAAAAUGAUGCAAGAGCUUUCUGGAAACCUUUUGAGGAAGGUAUGCGUUGUCAAAUUGAUAGGAAAAACCCAAGCUUUGUUACGUUGUAACAUGCAUUGGUAAUCGAAAGGGCUACUUCAAAAUAUAUUACGUCUUUUUCGGCGAAGUAAGAAUUACAUUGACUAUUAGUACCGUCGUGGUGUCUUAGUAAUUCUUAAUCCUGCCCGAAGUAAACCUCUCAAGGCUCAAUCCACAAACUGUCUUCACUCUCACACUCACUGGUGAGGUUUUCGAACUUUUUGCUGCCCGUUAAACAAAACCUGAAUGGCAUUUUAAAAAAUGGAGAAAGAGAUGACAAACACUUGAUAAGCUCUCGUUUCUGCAAGCGGCGACUCAAAAAACUUUUUUUUUGUCAUGUAGGUAUUCAAUUAUCGAUCAGUUGACCAUGACGUGGGUCUAGGUUACCUGUGUUCCAUACCAAAACAGACUGCCUUUCAGAUCUUGGUAUCUGGGACAAAUUUCCUUGGUCAGAGCUGUACUAAAAUUCUGGUAAGAAGCUAUUAGAAACUUAGAUGGAAAUUAUUUAUUUAUCAUUAGUUAUUGUAGCCAUUAUCGCAUCGAUUUUCUUUUAAAUUUGUUUUGUUUUUCUGUUUUUUUGUUCGCUUUAAGCGUGAGUUUGAAAAAUGGAAGGAUUGCUGACCGAUUUGAUUGUUAGAACUCCGCUUCUUCUUGUAGGCUUUUUCAAAGGUUGGCAUGGACUAUGCUCAGCUGUGUAAUGAGCCUGCUGUUCUGCAAAAGUGUCAGGAAAUAUUUACCAAUGCCACAUGGGGAAUAAAACUUGGACGACUUAAGGUAACGGUUUGCCUUUUUCCUUUACUGGAAGAAUGCAUCUCGUCUUAAAUUAUAUGAACCUUGUUUUAGCAACUUGUUGGAGGGUCCAAAUUCAAAGUUAGGAUCAGAUAGGAGUGUGCAUGUACCUCCGCAGCGCGUAUCUGACACGCUGACCUCUCUACUAUGCUGCCCCUCAUGGAUGCUUCUUGUGAACGUGACUAAUGUUUUUCGUCUGUUAACCAUAUUUUAAAAGUUCCUUUUUUCCCACAGCCCCCCCUCCCCCCCAUGCAGUUUUGAGUUUUAUUUAUCAACUCAAGAAUAAUUGAACAUUGUUUUGUUAUGGAAACAUUUAUCAAGGGAUUCUCAAAUCAAAAGACUGGUCAUCGAAUGAUUCUUUGUCGAGUAAUUUUGCUGAACAUAGUGUCAAUCUAUACCGAACCAUAUCAUCAAACAAAAUAAUUGAACAUUGUUUGCGUUGAGGGAACAUUUAUCAACGAAUUCUCAGAUCAAAGGAUUUGGUCACCAAACGAUUCUGUGUUAACUAAUUUUGCAGAACAGUGUCAAUCCAUAUCGAACCACAACUAAACACAUCUUGGAAUGCAUAAUGGAUUUAACGGGCGAUUUCAAUUAUUUGCAGAUGUCGUUGAAGGACGUGUAUAAAACCGACCGGGAAGAGAAGUUAGCUAUUUUACCAGACCUGAUGCAAAAACAACAGAUUAGCCUUGAGAUGAUUUUGGAGUUUUGCAGGUACUGCUGUCGAUUUCGUUUCCUUUACAAUGAAAUGCAUAAUUAUGCUACAAUCAAUUUAAUUUUGAAAUUUUCCGUACCUUACAUUUCCGUAUAAGUCACGAAGAAUGCAUUAGUGGUUCCAUGCUUAUAGCUCCUGUGUUCUUUGUGAUUCUCAGGGCAUUUAAACUAGACGAGGAUAGCGCUUUGUUGACGUAUGUAAGACAGCAAUUGCUCCCACCCUCCCCUCGCCCGCCGCUGGUGGUUUCACAAGACGGUGUGGAAGAAAUGAAUUAUCAAAGGAAUGUGCGCAAAGUGGUCCAUAAAAUUUCCUGCUCAAGUUCCCUUCUUAAACUGUUGGUGGAAGUAGGGUCAAAGGUAGGCUCGAAAAAUGACAUAAAAAACAGUCUUAGUUGCAAUACAUCUAUGAAAAACAACGUCCGUGAACUGUUGACGGAUAAAUAGCAUCAAAGAAAACUUCCAAACAGAUUAGAUAUCCAAACUGUAAUCAAAAUUAUGGUAAGUUACUCCCCGAUUUACACCAGCAAAACAUAUUUAGUUAAAAGAGAUUUGGCUGAAGAAAAAUCAGCCAUAAAAAAAUUUAAAAACUAACUUUUACGUAGGGGUCAAUUCAUCACUAACUUUUACUUUCGUUUCUUAAUUUGAAGUUGACAGACAUCAGUUUAAACAACUUCUAUGUAGGAAACAAUUUGAAACUGUUUCACAAAACAGCUUUAAAACGUGUUUUGGCUUUGAUGUGAAUGGGGUAUUACAGGGCGUGAAAUUGCAGACAAUCAGUUUUUCAAGGCGACCAAAUCCUAUGUUAGUCGCCAAAUUGAUUUUCAACAUAACCUUAAAGAGAUAUAGUGAAUUGAAAAGUUUCAAAAAAUAAAUCAGCUUUCCUCGUUAAAACGUGUGCAUUCGAUCGAUAACUAGACGCCAUCUUGAUGAUGAGCCUGAACGUUGUAUAUCAUCCAUCCUAGUGUCCACUUUGCAACGUUAAAGAAUCUUUUCCCUAACGUAAUUUUGGAGGGUCUAUCUAGAACGCUGACAGCUUAAAGAAAGAUUUUGUUUGUCUUUGAAAAUGGCGACCAACUUUUUUGAAUUGGCUACCACUUUGUAGAAUUUAGGAGCCAAGUGGCUAUCAGAAAAAAAAGUUAAUUUCACGCCCUGUAUUAGUUACAACUUUAUCAACCGUUGCCUCCCAUGAUUGAAAGUUACGCACCUCAGGGGGGUACCCUCAGGCUAGCUCAACCUUCAGAUAGAUUACCACCCUCAUGGCUGGAAAUUCGCCACACCCUAGGCACAAGCCCCUCGUUCUAGGCACCCUUCAACACUGAUUAGAUCGGUGGAAGGAAAAGACGAGUAGGGUGGGGAGGGAUGGGGUAACGCUUGUAAACAGCCGAAUGAACCACACAGGAUUGAAACACAACUGCUAUUAAAACCGCUCUCGAACACAAAGAUCCAACCGCGCGAGCCUCUGUGUUUUUGACAGUAAAUGUUGACCCUAAACGCCCGUUAAGCUCGCAGUGGUUAACAUGGUUUAAUUGUCAUCUAACUAAAUUCAAAUGUGAGGUAAACUUUCAUACCUUGCUUUUCAGGUGGAUCCGUAUGACUAUGAUACAAUUCUGUUCAUACUCAACCUGGUGAAGGAACUCUCUCAGGAAACUGCUUCAACUGUUGACAAGGUACGAAACCAACUCAUUGUUGCCUCAGGUCAGUUAACAUCCCUGUGUUGAUAUGACUUUUGUUCUUUAUGAUUUAAACAUGCUGCUUCUCGAUUAAACCGCGUGGAACUUUCGAAGGAUGUCGUGGGACAUAACGAUGUAAUUUUACGGAGAUUCUGAGGUCUAAGACAUCUGCUCCAAAGCUGAAAAACUCGAACAUAUGGCAUUGUAGUUGAAAUUUCUUUUUUUCUUGUGAACCUGCCAUGAAAGACUAGUCUGGUUUUUUUUUCCUCUUACAGGGUAUUCAGUUAUUGGACUACCUGUAUCAAUAUGAGCGAAAAGCAGUGCCAACCAGUUAUGAGAGAUCGUUUUAUUCUUCAUCACAGAAUACUGACAGUGAAAAGGUGAGGACCUAAAUGAAAUUUUAAAACGCUUGUUCUCAACCUCGACAUUUUUAAUUUUAUCGUUUCCUGGACAAAUAUUUAGACUUGGUAUGAAACAAUUUGAAGGGUGUGAAUGGCCCCUAUUUGAGUUCAUUCGGUCCAAUUAAAAAAAAAAAAAAAAGAAUUUCAUUGAAAUGGACCUUUGAUUUGGUAGUUCAAGACAGCGAGUUUAUGUCCCUAAAAACACUUGCGUAGCCUUUGCUGUCUCUUAGGUUCACCCUUUAACUCCCAAGAUCUGAUUUUUAACUCUCCCUUCUAGCUUCUACACAUAUCCUUGUAAAUUAAAUACAAGAAUUUGUUGUUAGAUCAAAGGAAGAAGUUCCAUGUUAAUCACUUCUGGGAGUUGUAGUGUUAAAAUGGUUUGAUAUAAUAUUAUAACUAACUGUCGACAGCCCAAUUUUUUUUUCACUUAGUUUUUGAAAUUGUUAAGCUUGUCUGUUUUGCUUUUGGUUUCUCUGGGUCCCUGAUUCCAUAUCAACAAAAUACAAUUUAGAGAGUGAGUUAACAGUGUACUGACAUUUUACGUCUUCACAGGCCACCUUGGACAACGAUAAACCGUUGUCCGUAAUGUCGAGAACGAGGCUCCCAUAUCAUUCUCUGCUUUACGGGAAUCCAUGGAAAAUUCUUGGUAAGUAGCUGAGUCAAUUUGGAUGUUUCAAUGUUUGUCUAUGUUGGACAGAUAUUGUUCUACCUGGCUCCGGAAAAGAUCCUUCGUGUUUGAAUUCAUGGUCAGCUUUUCUAUCUGAAUCAAUUUUCAGCUCCCGAGUUGUCUGAGGAAACAGUUCCAAAGCUUUUAGGCAUUGCUAACCUGCUCAAGGUGAGGCGUUUGUUGUCGACUAACAAGAUAUAGAUAUAUACGUUCCAAGGUAUACACUUUUAAGUUUUCCAAAGAAUAGCUAGCUGUUCACAGCUCAUUAGUGAAUCAUUUCUAAUGCCUCUAGUUUUUCCGACCUAUUUUUUCGAACCUUUUCCUUUUAAAGCUUUCCAGUGAUGAGAUGUACCUUACAGCUAUACGUAACUUAGCGCGAUCUUCAGUCGGUCCAGCGGUUCCUUGUAAUCUUGAUGUUGAUCCCAACAUAAGUGGUCUGAGUGUAAAUGAAGGACCGAGCCAACUGGUGAAGAACUACAACAGCGAAAAGGCCAAGAGUAUGCUGUACGCUGUUAACAACAAGGAGAUGGCCAUAGCCGCUGCCAAGUGGAUCGCUCAAAAUUUACCUCUAGGUAAUAAAAUAGUAGCAUUUUCUUUAGAAACAUCUCUUAGAUCUUUACACUUUUUAUACCUUAUAUUUCUCAAAGUUAAGGGGAAAGUCAAUAAUGAUAAAUAACAAUAUCUUUAUUUCUAUAGCGCUCAUUAACAAUAGCUCGUGGCGCAGUUCAACGAUAAUCAUCAUUCUAUAAAUCAUUCAUAGACCAUCAUUCUAUCGUAAAUAUCUUUAACAUACUAGCAACUUGAUAGUAGAAAAGCCGAUAAACGCGAGGUGAGAAGUAAGUGGCAGCGACAGCUUUACUUCCUGAGACAUGGAGAAACAAAGUCGCACAAGUUCAAAGUGGUUCCAAUUCGUUUGCGUAAUUCUGCAUCAAGGUCAAAAUUCACAGACUCUGAACGCCUGUUGUCGGUUUAAAGCUAGUCCGUAGCCUGACAUAUGACCUACCAAUCGACAAAAAUUAUUUGCGGGCUUAGUGAACUCAUCUCGACAUGUCAGUCUCAUCAAUGUUUGUGAUUUGCGGAAAGAGAGAACCGUAAUAUUUUCCCCGUCUGGCUUCCAUCCUAUAGGCGAGGAGAAAAUAGAUAUGCUGAAGACUUGUGUUGACCUUGCUAAGACUUGGAAAUCAGAAUGUUCUGAAAAGGUAUUGUAAUUUGUCUCCUAGGUUUUCUUCGAAAAAACCUUUACUCUUUAAAUAGAAUUAAAGCAUUGUCACUCGUGGCUCUCAUAGACCGGGAAUACUUAUGUUAUCUUUGAAAAAUUAGUGGUAUUAGGUAUGAGGUGUCACGCAUUAUCUCUUGACUUGUAUGGCAGCUGUGAAAGGUUUUGUUACACUUUUUUUCGUACCGACCAGUUUGAAAAGCACCACAUUUUGUAACUUUUGACAUAUUUCAGGAUGAAGAGAAGGCAAAACUCACCCAUAGCCGCUUGUUGGAGCUGUGUCGGGGCGUGGCCACUGAACAUGUACUCCACAAAUAUAACAUUGUAGACCCUUCCAUCGCUUCUCUAACAAGUAAACCGGCCAAACUGGUUUGUCAGCUGUAUGAGAAAUAUGGAGCGAGAGAACCAGGCACUGCUCACCUACCACCAGGUACUAGUAUUAACUCUUCAAAAGACCAACGAAGAAGCUCUUGUUACUUAUUUACGGCUGCUUUUAAAAUCUCCGUUUGCUUCCAUUCAAACAUGCGUCUGUAUUGUUUCCUGCAAUCCCCAAAUGCGUUUGAGGGGUCAAGAAUUACAGUCGGCUGAGUAUAUGCGGCUCGGUGGACUUAAUAAACGAGGAUCGUUGUCUUUACAUUUGCCAUUUUUAGAGAUCGGUAGUUGUUCGUUUGGUGCUGGUCAAUUUUAAUACCAGCGGCUGCUCAAGUGGUCGUUCCCAAAAGCGUCCAGCUCCAGUUAUGAUGGACACUCUUUUCUGCUUCCUUAAGGGAGCUCCAUUUUUAAUUUAUCGUUCAAAGAAGAGCUAGAGACUUCUUCGGCAUAUAAUUUUCGAAGAAUUAAGCCCUGUGUGAGCCCUCUUGUAUUGAUUUUCCCCCAAUCUGCCACCUAGACUAUGAUUUCUUUCAUUUAAACCGAGUUAAAGUGCUAAUGAAUUAUUUGUGUAGACAUCCACAAAACUGCGGAGGAAAUCGCAAGUGUGAACAAUACCAAGAUAGAGAAGAUCAGGCUUUAUUUAAUUGAGGUAGGAUAAACGCUUUACACAGGAAUAAGAGAAAACUUAAAAAAAACAAUUAGCAGCCGGUGUAAUGAACACGUUCAGCGCCCUCUACAUUUUUUUAAGUACCAUGGUUAAAUUAAACAUAAGUAAUCUUAUCAUUGUAUUCCUAAACAUAAUUGCUCAUACCUUGCAAUGACUGUCGUCUCUGUUUUCAGAAAUGGCUGCCUUCCUCAGCUGAAACAUCAAGUGACGCGGAGGUAAUAGAACGAACUUUCUUUUAGUAUGGCUUGUUCUGUUGGGCAAAACAACAAACAAAACCGGCAGCAUUUACCUCAGUGUAAUGAUGUAACUAUAUAUGCGUUAUUGACCAAGUCUAUGUCAAGAUGACUAGAUACUGGCCGAGUUUUUUUUCCCCCGAUUUUAUGGACCGAGAAUUGUUUAUUUCGAGAGGCGGGAAAGAGAGCCAACUGUGUUUGUAGGACAAACCCAUGAGAGUCGUCUAUGUUUCCUUUGUUUCGACUGUCUUCAGCCGCCUUUUGCAACUCUAUCGCCGAUGUAUGUACGUUUCAAAUUUGUUUUUGCGCGGGAUCAAAGUGGGCAAUCCCGAGCGGCUCGGGUAACCAAUCAGAACACAGGAUUCGCUUCCUAUUGACCACGGGCACUGCGAUAUAAUAAAUGUAUUCACAUACAUAAACAUGGUAUGUUCUCAUACUGAAAGAUAAUUCAUUGAAACAAGGAUAUAACCAGUCAAAGAGCACCUCUAACACAAGCGCCGUACAGUUAACCAGACAUCAACUUCUUUGCUCGAGGUCCAACGCUGAGAAUUAAACUUGAAAAAACCUCUAAGUUGAAUUUUGGACGAAAUUGGGUACUUAAACUUCCAGCCCCCGCGUUUUUCACAGUUGUCCACAGCUCCUUUUUCGUUGAAGCUUUUUAAAGCGCUUCUCAUCUUUCCAGUUAGCAGUUUCUUACGUCCCCUGCUCUGAUGAAGAACGUAAAAAGUACCCAAUUACUCAACAUGUUCACACCUAAAAUUACGCCUUUUUAGAUUUUAAAGUAAAAGUUGUUGUUAGAUGUUUACUAAUGAAAACUUGAUCUUCAGUUGAUCACACCUGUUAGUGAGGAAAAUAAUGAAAAUGAAGAAGAUGAGCAGAACUUGAAAAGGUGACUAAACACACGAAUUUUUCUUGUUGCAUGCUGAAUAUUUCAUUGAACUAGGAGACUAGUUUAUAUCAAGAGGGUCUUAGCAGGAAGGAAUAAGCAAUUUUGCAGAGCAUGUCUACCAUGAAAUUUUCCCUUGAUGAAAUAUUUCAAAUAUAUUUGCUUUUACUAAAUUUCUCGAUUUCUCCCUUCUGAAUUUCGAAGCUACCAAGGCCGAUUUGUUUAUCCCACAUGCAAUGCUCUUUACUUCGUCCGAGAUCUACAUUUCAGGCGUCAUAGUUUCUCGUCGUGCUAUGUUGAUCAUUAUUCUGACGUUUUCUCUUUUCGUCCAGGGUCAUCUACAUCAUGGAAAGUAACAGCGACCGACCAACUGCAGUUACAUUCCUUCUCAAUCUUGCAAACAAGGUAAGAUUCAAGGAAGGAUGAUGAUCAAAUCAUCUCUUUCAAGCGUAGAACAAGGAAAAAAAUUUUUACCAUCAGAAUUAAAACGGUAGACUUACUCUUACUGAUUAGCAUCUCCUUAGGGUACAGAAACUUAAGGCCUUGUACAAGGUUUUAAAUAUCUGGCUCGACGCCAGAAUCUGAAGUAUUUUGUAUGGAUAUGAGUACCAAUCAGUUUUAGGUGAUAUGUUUAUUUUUGUGUGUUUGGGUUUUUAGAAACAGUGGACUUUUGUCCUAUCUACUUACAUGUAAAAGUACUUUGAGUCGAUGUUACCAGGUGUUUUGCAACUGGCAGAUCCUUUUUUUUUGUUCCUGCCUUUAGAGAUCUCCAGCGCUUUUAACCCUUGAACCCCUAAGAGUGACUAGAAUCCAAAUUCUCCUUACCAUAUCACUCCUGAAUCACACAUUAUGGUAACAAGAAUAACGGAAAUGAUCACCAACUAAAGAGGCUCCUGAUUGUUAAAUAAAUUCUCCUCAGUAGCACCUUAAGAAAUGCAUGGAGAAGAGUAUAGAGAAAAUGUAUAUUGAUGUUAAGGCGUAAAGGGUUAAAGAUAAGCAUAUAAUCCCAAAUUUUUUUAAAGCGAUUUAUAAAGCCACACAAAACACACUGGUGACCUUUUAUUACUGUUCUAGACUGGGUCUUCGAGCACCUGUCGUCUACGUGCGCUUCGAACUCUUUUCGCCAUUGCUCCUGGAGAAUUCAUUGAAAAACUGUGCAAAACUUCAGUCAGCGUGAUCAGGUGAGAUAACGAAUUAGCUGAGGCUCGAACGAGUGUUCUGUAUCACAAGUAGCUACACAUAUUAAGUGCACGAAAGUAUUUCUUCUAUUGGGAGGCGAAUUGUGAUCUUUUUUUGUUUUAAAGGUGUAAUAUGAUUCGAUAUAGAUAGAAAUAAGAGAGAUGUUAAGUUUUUAGCUCGGUAAAGAAAUAGAGAAAGAUGUUUUUUUCGUCUUGUCACGAGCGUGGGACAAAGGAAAAAAUUCCGAGUCCCCAUGAGGAAUCGAACCUCAGACCUCUGGAUUCCGCGCUCCGAUGCUCUACCACCGCGUGUCAUAUGAACUUUGUAAUAGACCUCGCUCACCAUGGGGUCUCUGUGGCUCAGUGGUAGAGCAUCGGAGCGCGGAAUCCGAAGAUUUGAGGUUCGAUUCCGCAUGGGGACUCAGAAUUUUUGAAAGUUAACGGUCGUAACACUUUAGCAUGAUCGUUGAAUGUUAAGUCUAUACUCACCAUCUCUAACCACUUAACACCACAGUGAAGCGGACCCAUGGUCCGAGAUUAGUUUUUUCCGUUUUCAUAUAGAUCCCUAGGGCAGAACUUGAACUCAUUCAAAGGGCACCUACUCUUGACACGACAUAUUUUCCCACUAAUUUUGGUACCGUUGACAGGCAACAGAUGCAGGCUCUAGUUUGUCUCGCUGAGCUCGAGGGAUUACACAUACAGCAGUCGGCAAGCGCGUUUGACAAAUGCAACAAGGAAGGACUGGUACGAGGACUGUGGAGAAACCAUAAGCACGAGAGGAAGGUUGGUGCUGUCAUGUUGAAACACAUUCAACAGAUUUAGAGGGGUAUAAACCUAGGUGAAAUUAAAUGCGUGGAUACGUAAAUGUUAUUAGUCAAUGUUGCCAGUGUUGUUAGUCAAUUUUCUAAUUGUUGGCCACUAUCACCAACAUUAAUAGCCAGUACUUUCAUUGUUGGCCAAUAUUAAUGUUGUUUUCCGAUGUUGUGGGGCAAGGUCUUCGUGGUUGGUUGCUAAUGUUAACCAAUAGUGUUGGCCAAUAUUCAAGAGGUCCUUUGUAAGAUUUCAUUUAUCCUGGCUCAAAGUGCAUACUGUUUAUUUGUUUGUGCAGUUCUUUAUGAUUAUAUUUACUUCGCUAUUUCGCUAUUUAUUCUUGUAUCCAUGGAUGGAUUUUUUUUUAUUACUAUCCACUUCCUCUCAGGCUGUACGUCUUGUAGCGGACUUGUGUCUUGACAACAACAUAAACGAUCCUCAGCUGUGGAACAGUGUUCUUCAGCAGCUUCUGGCUUUUGGAAUGGUGAGUUAUAUUUAUCGAGUAGGUCACAUUUGAGCUGGACCAUUGAUACUAGGACAGCCCAUGCUUGACUGGUUUGGAAACAAGACUGGAAUACUAGGUCGGGGAAGAUAAAUUUGGGGUUGCUUGUAAUGUGCGAAUUAAAAAGUAUCCUGUUUCCAGACGUUUGAUUUCUUUCUUUUUUCUUCUUAGAAUGGUAUAGGAAAACCUCACACUAUUUCUCUUAAAGAAACGUACGAAAUGAUAGAAAAACCAAACUGAACGAGUCAAACAGCAAACUUUUUUCAGUUUUCUAUUUCCUCGACUUCGUGUUCUCAAUCUAAUUUCCUGGCUUUAAGAUGCUGAUUAAUAUUGACCAUGAACUAUGCACGCAUUCUGAUUGGUUCUCACUUAUGAUCUAUUGGAGGACAGACGUAUAGAUGACGUCAUCGUUAAAACUUUUUUUAAUUCUUUAUUAUAUAAAAAAAAUAGAUUCCAAGUUGCCGUGCGUCUGUUCAGUAAUAGAUUACAAAGCACGUCAAAAUGUGGUAAGAACAUCAGUGACACACUCGGUUGCGCCUCGUGUGCCACUUUUUUGUUCUUACCACAUUUUGACGUCAUCUGUGAUCUAUUACUGAACAGACGCACGGCAAUUUGGAAUCGUUAAAUGUAGUUACAACUUACAUGGCUGUCUCUGAAAAUCAUUCUACCUUUUCUACCUUUUUCAGAUAAAAUACCUUCGUCGGGUUCUUGUUAACUUAGCUGGGAUUUCUGACCUGUGGCAGGUAAGUGUUUGUUGUGAUUUUCAUCAUUAAGUACAAAAAUUAACCCUACCUGGUCAUUUUGUCAUUAUUAAGCUUUCUAUAUUUGAACUUCCAAGGUUCGCUGUUUGCCUCAAGUAUGGAGAAGUGUGCUAACAGCCCCCUUCAAAUCAGGUUUGUGGUGAAAACAUAUUUUAGUGCAGAGCUGUAAGCGAGACAUUUUUAACUGUUGUGAUCGCUUUGGUUUCACCUGCUGAAUUCCUUCAAAUGCUGAAGUUUCUAAAUGACUCAACAACUUUGGCAAGCGUAACUUUGGCAAGCGAGUGCUCAGUAUUUUAUGGCCGCCAUCUUUGAUUUUAAUGGCAGCGGAAGGCUGGGGAGCGAAAGGAGUUUGUACCAAGGAGGCGGUCGAUGGUCAAAAGUGAGGAGAGGGGUGAGGGUGGGGGAGUGAAGAUUACUUCUCGCCCCUCCCCUGCCCCCACCGUCCACUCUAACUCCAAUUCAAACAUGGCCGAUCAGAUAAACGGUCCCGUUUAAUAUUAACCGCUCACCCUAAUAACACGCCUGCAAUGCAGGUUAAGGGACUCUGAGUCCUAACACUGCGAAACAAAUUUUCUAUUUUCGCUCUCGGUUCUGAGGCCCAAGAAAAGAAUUGGACGCGAAAUUAAUUAAUCCGAUCCUAAAGGGCAAGCUGCAUUUCUAAUUUCUUACAACCUCUUUUUACCCUUUGACAUUCUUACCUGCCUUUUGAAUCGGAGGAGUUUGCGGCUGGUAUAUAUUUUCUUUUCCUUUUGCAAGGGGUGUUUAAUAAAACAAUCCUGAGAUGUUAGCUUUGUAACAUAUGCACCGUGUGCCACCUAACAGAUAUUUGUCUCGAGCUUCGUUUUUGUCUCGUAGUUUCUACACCGUUAUCAGAGGAGGAGGUCGCUGCUUGUGAAGAAUCUGCAUCACUACUACAGAGGUAAAGAAGUCGGUUUGGUUCGAAAACUGAGGUUUCUUCUUUGGCAGUGUCGACAAAAAGAUGCUUUAUAAUCGCAUAACGUUUCAUCCUUCAAAGGUUUAAGCCGCCUCUCUUUCAUUUUAUUUUGACCUUUUGCCCAUGGAAAGCAAUUGUUUACACUUUACAAAUUUCAGAAGAAGUAUACUAAGAUUUUGGAAGCGUAAUGGACCAGUGUCAUGAGCGCUUGACCCUGUUCGAGAGAGUCGUCAUUAUGAGGUGUUUCAAACAAGUCACUUGACUCUUAAGGUGCUUCUCUCACUUAAAUGGCUACCAUCAGACUGUCGCAUAAGCCUGAUUAAAUGCAGGAAAGUGGUCAUUUACCCUGGGUCGGGUUGUUCAAAGCUGGAUGAAGAUAACCUCGCUUUAGUGUAAAAUUUUAUUUCAGAUCUGAAAGCUUUAAAAGAAAAGUCAGUUUAAAUAUUUUUGUCUACAAUUUGCUGAUGGGAUGCUCUUAAAAGAAUAGAGAAAAUCAUCCCAAACAGGCUCUUUAACUGAGAAAUAGAGAAACCCGGAUCAAAAUUUAACUCUGGGUUAGUGCUAAUCAGCUUUCGUACAACUGGGCCCCGGACUAUAACCCCAUCUUGUCUUAGAAGUAGUAUACCCUUGUCGCUUUAUGCUACUGACCGCCACACCAUCAUCCUGAUUGAAGUUGAUUGUUCCAGAAUGAAUCAAGUGUUUUGUUUUCAAGCCUAUGAUCUUUCCUUCAAGAUGUCCUAUCCUCCUUGACCUUGAUGUGUACUCCAUCGCAGUGCAGUUCCACAAAGUUGGUCUCCAGGCCCACUCACUGGCCUGUCUCCUUCUAAUCCCGUCAAGUAGUGCGCGCGAAAAGCAUAUUCAGGUUUGAUAUCAGAGGGUAUCUUCACUAUUUUCAAGCAACUUUGCGAAGCUAUGUUGGUUGGCAAUUUUGUUAUCGAACGUGGAUAUAAGUUCAUAUGGGCCUUAACAAUGAUAUAUUUAACACCACAAAUCUUCUAAAGAAACUGUGCUGCUGCGUCGGUGGGAUAUAUUACACGAUAAUUUGGUUUUAUUAACUGAGUUGAUACUUAAAAUUGGCCACCGUAGAGAGCUUCUGAAGCUGAUGUUUUGAGCGUUAAUCCUUCGUCAGAGCGAAGGGCUAUCACCAGAGAAUUGGGUUGUUUUUUAUUGUUUUUAGUGGAGAUUUUUUUUUUUUUAAGUCUCCCUUAUCAUUUUAAACGACGUUUCUCUUUCUUUCAUCCCUGUUCAGGCACUGCUGGAGACAAACUGUGUGAAUGUUAUUCUUGCUCAGUUGGACGAACAACGUCAAAGAGGAAACACGUUAAUCCAACCUGAUGCUGUAAGCAUUUGUUACUAUUGCUACUGGUUUUGUUGUCGUUGUUGAAAUUUCUCUCAUUAAAAAAUUGUGUUCAGAUUCCUUUGCGGAAAAAAGAACCCUCUAAAAUUUGCCUCGUUCCCAAAGUGUGACUUCGUAACUCAGUUGUUGGUAGCCUCAACUAGUAUCUGCGGGGUAUGGGUUCGAUUGAUUACACUGCAGUCCACAAGCUGAGGAUCAUUUCUUUGUUUAUUUUACUCGUCUGCGAAACCUUUUUUCCGUUGUUUUUUCUCUUUUUGCAUGACAUAAACAUUUUCUGUACCAGACAAAUAAAAUCACAAGAAAAGUUCAAAAGGAUGUGUCGUCCAACUUCAAUAAGAUAAGGCGACCAGACGUUAGACGUUUUAUUACCUCACCGUUGGUAUUCAAAUUUCUUUUUCAUUCUUAUCGUCCAUAGGUUGAACAGGAGGUGUUUAAAUAUGUCGAACAAAAACAAGAGUAUCAGGUACGUGGGAAUGAUGCUGUGAUUUUUAGUGAGACGACAACCUAGUCAUUGACUUCGAAUUCUCGAAAUUUCUUGUUUUGCUUUUAGAUACUCCUCGGUACAGCUUAUUUUGACAAAUUGCUUAAAUUCCUUAUCAUGGGCAAAAACAUCAACGGGAUUCUACUCAAGACAAUACAAGCUGGCAGGUAACUGAUAUAAUACUACUAGUAACUUCAUUGAAAUGACUAAUGGACAUUAACGACUUGAUGUCUUUUCUUUAUAAACACGAUAACAGUCACAUGAUAAAACGAUAUAUCUUAAACAUUAAAGCCGGCGACUCCGAUAGCUGCGAUCGGCGAAAAUCGCCAGGUGUGCCCGAUGCGGUGAUUGCGAUUUCGCCGAAAACUUUAUCCUUGAUGUCUCAUAUUGUCCAACAACUAACACUCCACUUUCUGAAGAAACGCCCUUGUCAAGGUUCGUUAAAAAGGGUUCAACCCUUUCGUUGCCAGUACCUAUAUAUAAAUUCUAUCACCAUACUUUUUUAUGCUGUUAGCUCUGAGAACCUGGUGUUCAAUCUAGCAAUGUCCCCCUAUUUUAUAAUUUUCAGUUCAAGCGUAUCUCUUUUUUGGAGCAUCAAUCUAUUUCAGCAAAUGUUUGAGAAUUGGGGAUUGAAAUGUUUGUAAUACUGUGUAUCAACUGAGGUCUGAACUAAGAUAUUCACUGCAUUGCUAUUCGUGAGGUAGACCUUUCAGCCCUUAUUCUAGAUAUUUCUCCAUAUUAGGUAAGAGUUACUUCGCCCUCGAUGUCAAGCAGAGCAAAUUCUUUUGUUAUACGUUGAUGUCACCACCAACCCCAGGAGAAAUAAAAAUAGUAUUCCAACGAGCAGUAAACUUAAAUUUUUCUUUUCUUCUUGGCUGCAAUUUCUUCGUUUCAGGUUGGAAAAUGCAAUACAACUUGUCCAACUUUUUCACCAAGCGCACCUUGAUAUGCCGUCGGCACAGUAUAUAACAUCUCACCAGAUGAAAGGGUUUGACGAACUAUGGGUAAGACAUGUUCUUUUAAGUAUGAGACAAAAACGGUGCUCCCUUUCUCCCGGUGGCUUUGCUACCAAAAAUGUUUUUCCUUCAACGGAAAUCAGCUAGGAAUAUAUCUCUUUUGGAGUGCCUACGCACCCCGAGCGUGAGCCUUGUCAUCAGCCGGUGCCGCGGAAAAUUAACCUUUGAAGGUACUUCUCUUGCACUCACUUAAAAGGAUUGUCAGUGCAAGUGCUUAAGAAAUCUUUUCCACGACUCCAUUUGCCUCAGCUUCAGUGGUUUCAUUUGUGUACUUCACAGUUUUUUACAGUCUACCAUCCGACUACUCACUCUUGUAGGAACGCAGAUAGACAUGCCAAUUUUCACUAGAAAAUGGAACGCAGUAAGAUUCUACUUGAAUUUGUUUUGUUAAGUGUCAUGACAUGUUUUUCCCAUCUUCCCUACAGACGUUUCUGGAGAUGCACGGGAUGUUAGACGCCUGUCUACCAUUUCUUCCCAAGUUAGAUGCUGACCAAAAGGAUGAUGAGCCUGCAGGGCACCAGACCCAGUCCUUUUGGGUUCAAGAAGGGGAAGAAACAAUUGGACAAACAAUGGAACAAAGUGCUAUCGAUGAUCAGCGUGACCACUUUAUGUUAACGCUGACAGAUUGCAGCAUGGAGGUCCCGCUGUAACAAGGGAACCAAUAGUACCUGUUAGUCAUUUCUGCGUAAGCGUGGUUGAAAAUGGAUACUAAAACAAUGCAAUAGAAGUUGUGUAGAAAAUUGUGGAGUG